AUGGAAAAGUCAAGGGUUGGGUUUGUUUCUUCAAAAGCUAUGAAGAGCCUGACUAUAAACCUCCUCCUCUUUCAUAUGGGUGGGUGUGCAUAUUUUUACUCAGCUAUUAUUACGCCACCUGGCGAAGAAGGAAAUACCUGGAUAGGGAGUUUGACACUGGGAGAGCAUAGCUAUAAAAAUUUUAGACACAUGGGCUUUUGGAAGCUCUAUGUCACAAGCUUUUAUUUUGCUGCUAUGACUGUGACCACAGUGGGAUAUGGGGACCUACAUCCCGUAAACAAGAGAGAGAUGAUCAUUACAGUCAUAUUAAUAUUGUCUACGAUUAUUUCCGUUAUAUAUAUGGGUGAUGAUAUAACAAAAGCAAAACAAAAUGGGGAUGCAAAAGGAGAUUCAGAUUCUGCUGUCCAUUACCAGGAGUAUCAAAAGCGCUUGGUUUCUUUUUUGAAGGAUUGCUCACCAAAGUUCGUUAAAGAGAUUCCUUUCACCAACCUCCUUGAUAAAUACAUCAAUGAUAGCAAGGAAGUUUUCGAAAACCUAGACAAGAUUACCAGAAGUAAAAACUCUGUGGAGGUCUACAGUGUUGCAUAUUUUGAUGAUGAUUCUGAGAGGCAACCGCUUAUCCAUGAAAAAACUGAUAUGAUCAUAAAAUAUGAUCUUGGAGACCUUCAAAAACAGCAAAUCAUCAACCUCCUGGACAAACAGAUCAAUUAUGGAAUGGAAUUUCUCAAAAACCUACAUCAGAUUACAAGAAAGAAUGCAGCGAAAGUCAACAAAAUGGAUCAUUCUGAUGACAUGCCUGAUCUGGAAAAGGUGAUUAUUGAAAAAGCUGACAUGAACAUACAUGGUUCUCUCCUAAAGACACCAUUGGAUGGAUCCUUGGUCAAUCAGGAGCAUGUAUCCCACCAUGAUCUACAUGUCGGUGUAGGUUUAGAUGCACAGAAGACUAAAAAGUUUUCAGAUGUAUACAAUGGAGGAGAUAAGAAAGCCCUUUCGUUUUCAUAUAGCCUUGGAUAUACAGAAAAUCAUAUGAACAUCAAUUUUUGGAAGAAAAUUUUAUGCGAGAACACUCCUAAGCAAGAACGUGGCUGGCUAGAUGACGACCAUAUUGACAUAUGGGGUCAUAUAUUGUUGAAUACCAAGAAACCCGUAAGUUGUACAAUUAUGCCGGCCAAUUUUAUGACUGAUAACUCAAAUGACGUAUGGGAGAAAGAAUGGAUCGCACUUGCAAAUGGGUCGUACCCUCCAUACAAAGCUUGGUCUGUUGUGGAUUCGGUAUUACUGCCCGUUAACAAGGAAAAAACUCAUUGGUUGAUUGGUGUUUUAGAGUUGAAAACAUGGACUGUGACCAUCUAUGAUAGCUUGUCUUCAGAAAUCAAUGAAAGAUGGAUCAAGGAACGAUUACAAGAUUUCGACAUAACUAAAUUCUUAAAGUCCAUUGAUUAUUGGGAAACAAGUGGUCGGAAGUCUACUACAGUAGAUUUAAAUGUGCUAAUUGCCAAAGAUAUACCGCAACAAACAAACAGGAUGGACUGUGGUAUUUUUGUAGCCAUGUGGUUAGAGACUUUUUGCACCGGAACUGCUGAGUUGAAAAUUGAACAUGGCAAGACCGAAGACCAUUGUCAGAUGUAUCGCAAACAAAUGGCUGAUGUUAUCUGGGCACAUUCUGGCUGCAGUUGA